UUUAACUCUAACCUUUACGUUUCAGAUAGUUAAACCAAGGAAUUGAGCAAGUUUGAGUGAUUAAGAUUUGAUAUCCUUGUCUCAGUAUGGAUUCUCCAGUGUGCCAUGUCAGCCCUAUCAGCUCAAGAUACGGUAGAAUGUUUACAGGGUAUGAUUGAAUGCCUACGAGCUCCAGAAUUACAACUUUUACUCGGGUUCGCCGGUCGAAACAAGUUCGGAAGUAAAUUAGAACUACGAGAUAGAGCAAAUUCUCUUCUGAAACUUAGAUCUAAACAUAUUGAAACUAAAAUUACAGAAAUAUUUAAGAGCGGAGAUAGAUCAGCAGUUUUAAAGAUGAUGGGUCCAGGAGGAAAUAUGAAUUACACCGCAGCUGCUUAUCAACAGAUGCUUAGUUUAGCAGGAUAUACUGCUCAACAAGCUGCUCUCUCACAAACUAGAAACCCGUACACUCAACCACCUUCUUUUCCAGGUGCACCAGCUUACGGAGCUCAACAAGGUUAUCAGGUUAAACCUGGUAGUUCAGUCCCACAACCUGCAAACGUUAAACUCAAGAAACUUCCUUUCUACGAUAUACACGGAGAACUUCUACCCCCGACCUCUCUUCUAGCUCAGGGUUCCAGUAGGUUCCAGGAGGCUCAGUUUCAGUUCCAGCUCACUCCGCAGCAGGCCACAGACAUAGCUUCGAACCGGGAUAUCCGUAUGGGGAGUAAGCUUGACUACCUCUACCAGGUUCAGUUGAGGUUCUGUCCCUUGGAUAGUACGGUGGAGCAGGGGGACGAGUUCCCUCCAAGUAUCUGUGUUCAGGUUAACAGCAAGAUGUGUCAGUUACCAAAUCCCAUCCCAACCAACAAGCCAAAUGUGGAGCCGAAGAGACCCCCUAAACCUAUCAAUAUCACACCACUGUGCAAACUCUCUCCGAUCCUGCCGAACAUUGUGAACAUUAAAUGGGCGUCUGAGUACGCUAAGAAUUGGGUUGCAGGUAUCUGGUUGGUUGAGAAGCUGAGCAGUGAGGACCUCCUGGACAGGUUGAAGAAGAAGGGGACCAGGAAUCCUGAGUUCACCCGGGAAAUCAUUAAGAAGAAGCUAAGUGACGACGAGGACGAUAUUGCGACAACUAACUUAAAGGUGACGGUCGCCUGCCCACUUGGUAAGAUGAGGAUGACCAUCCCAUGUCGUCCGUCGACUUGCGACCAUCUUCAAUGUUUCGACGCUAGUUUGUUCCUACAGAUGAAUGAAAGGAAACCAACCUGGCAGUGUCCAGUAUGUGAUAGUCCUGCUCUAUACGACAAUCUACUUGUUGACGGAUACUUCCUGGAAGUUAUUAAGGAUCCAGUGCUUCCAGUGGAGGAGAACGAAAUCAUUCUUAAUGAGGAUGGAUCCUGGCACCCUGUUCCUAAAGAAGAAGAGGACGCUAAGAAGAAGAAGAAGAAGGAAGAGGAGGAGGAGAAUAAGGAAGAAGUUGAUCUUGUUGAUCUCUCUGAUGAUGAGGGAGGUGCUCCUCUCAUUGCUCCAAAGGCUGCGCCUGCAGAUGAUGACUCUGAAACAGCUGGAACUGCUGCAGCUGCAGGAUCUGGAUCUGAUGACGAGGGAGGUACUCCUGCUCCAGUUGCACCCUCAGGAGAGAUAGAAUGCAUUGACCUUGAGUGAACCUCUUGAAUCAAAUGAUUUCGAACAAAAAUAAAGUGAUUUUGAAUUUGAA